AUGAUGCAGGGGAAGACACUAUCAUCAUUGGCAGCCAGGCAGGAAAUCCCUCCAAGUGAUCAGGAACUGCGCGGGAAACACGACUUCAUUGGAACUCAGUUUCACUCCUCUACUGCUUGUCACUUCUGUGGCAAAAGGAUAUGGCUGAAGGUCGCAUUCCAGUGUAGAGCUUGUGCUAUGAUAUGCCACAAGAAGUGCUUGCUCAGAUGCCAGUCGCAAACUGUCUGUAGCAGUCUGCGAGCUCGUAACCAAACCUCAGCGGCUCCUGCAGCUUGCAUCAGCACCGGUGGCAUUACCCAGCCUCCACCGGUCGUCAUAGCGACGCAUGCAGACGAUGUGAGCCCAGUGACUAGCUCUGCAGAGAGCACUCCUCUGGACACUCCAAUGGACUCGCCCGUCAUGCGGAGACGAAGAGUCCCCAGCAUGGGCAGCCUCCUGGCUGAGGUGGUGCCGGAGAGGAUCACUCGGUCUGGAUCGUUCUGCAGCCUAACGCCACCUGAUAGAAGAAGGAAUAUAUCUAAAAGCUUGCCACCGUCACCUCUAUGUUCUCCCAUCACAAAGCGAAAGACCUUCCUGCCGGUGCCUCUUGUUAAGCGGGAAGACAGCACUGAAGAGGAAAUUCAGCAAGCCAUACACAAGCUGAUGGCAAUUCAGGGCAACGAUCCCAACAGUGAACUGCUGGCGUCGGCUGCCAAGGAGAUGGGAAAGGAGUUACACUGCAACCUGCCACAGGAGGAACGUAAGCAGAAGCUGAAUAACAGGAUCUUGCAGCUGCAGGAGGAGAUGAAGAAGGAGACGGAUCACCAGGAGGAUGUGAGGCGGUCGCGGCGUGGCGUCACCGACCCUCGCGCGCAGGAGCAGCUGAAGGAGGCUGCGAGGAAAUCUGACGACAAGGUGCAAGCGCUCGCGCUGAUGCUGCUGCACUACUGCUCUGGCCUGCAGGCGUGCCUGGCGCAGGAGCAUCCUGAGGACAAGGAUGCUGCAGCUAUGAAGGACAAGGAUGCUGCGGCUGUGAAGGACAAGGAUGCUGCGGCUAUGAAGGAUGGGGAUGCUGCAUCUGUGAAGGACAAGGAUGCUGCAGCUGUGAAGGACAAGGAUGCUGCGGCUGUGAAAGACGAGGAUGCUUCGGCUGUGAAAGACGAGGAUGCCGGCGUCGGGGAUGAGAAUACCGUCUUCCAUGACGUGCCGUGAGCAUGGAACGUGAGCCGCGUGGCGACGAUUGCGUCUCGUAUCAUGGACGGUUUGACGAGCUUCAAUCUUCGCGAUGCAGUCAUUCACUAACCCCGGCGAUUGUAACGGUGGUGGUCGCCUGUGUUCCUAGGUGCAGCCUACACAAUCUAAAAAAUCUACAAAGUAGCACCACGUUGCAGCACCAUAGAUGACAAAAAUGAGCAGUAGAAGUCUGGCACGUAGGAGAUAUGGGUAGAUUGCAGUAGGAAGAAAGUUGGUGUUUUGAGUGUUGCUUUCAGUUUUUUCGUUCCAUAAAGUAAGGCUCGCUGUUGUUCCAAAGUUGUGUUAGUGGUUGUAUCUAUAAAGAUAACAUCUCCCCGUGAAUGACACUUUUGGGAUUUCUCUUGAGUGGCAAUUAUAUAGUGCAGCUAUACCUCAGUAGAAUGGACACCUCAGGCAGGGUAAAAAAUACACGGGAGCGAUGAGCGAUUCGCUUUUCAAACCUCCGAAAUCGCUCCCGUGAGGCU